AUGAAGAAAUUUUUACAUCGUCCGAAAAAGGCAGAAUAUGAGCCAAACAAAGAGCAACAUGAAACUCUACAAGCAGAUGCUUCAUCAUCGAAGUCCGUUGGUUCGAGGGACACUAUAAAUGAAUUACAACCUAUGUUUCAUACUGAGAAUUUUACGAACUUCAAUAAUGACCCAAGCUUAAAUCUUAAUCCGUCUAUUCUGAAUGGGCACUCAAACCAGACCAUGCUAACGAAAGAGUCCGAAUAUAUGGGAAAAUCCGUCUUUUCACAAAGUAAAAGGACAUUCUCAACGAAACAGUCGUCUUAUCUGUCUUAUCGAGGAGAUGGUACUAAUUCAGAUCGCAUGAAGUAUAGAAACGUUGAUGCUGGGCAGACUUUACAAAUUCUUGAUAUUCCUGAAGAUACUUUUGAAAGUGACAAGACUGCUUCCGAAAUUAUUUGUGACAAACUUCAUGAGUUGUAUGAAGAUGCGUCCUUUGUCAUGAAUCAAUAUAAGUCUUGUCUGAUCAACUUGACCACUGCUGUAAUUAAUACUAUUGAAUGUUUCAAAAGAUUUGUUAUAUUUAUGGAUGAAAUUUCUACAAAUAUGGAUGACGAGAGUUGGAACAUAACUACCUUUAGCAAUGUGGAUCUAAGGAAAAUUAUGAAAGUGUACCUUCAUUUCUAUGAUAACUUGUUGAACGAUGAUGUAUACGUGAAAUUAAAGGUCUUGUUGAGCAAAAAUUUCAAUGAUUUUACAAACUGUUUAAAUUCUACCUCUAGGACGCAAAAUCUUGAACCAUUAGCCUUGAGGCGACCCCAGAAUUUUUCUAUUGGUGCUAAUGACGGUGACCAGCUCCCCAAUGAGGAUGUUUUGAGCAGAAUAAUAGAUAAAAUGUCAAAGGCUUCAAUAUCUAUGAAAGAGCAAAAUGGCUCUUUUAUUGCGCCAAUUGGCCGAGGCAUUAGCAAAGAGCUAAAUAUUUUGUGUUUAUACUUUGGCUACCCAAAUCCUAGUGACUACCAUUAUAAGUUGGCCGGGAGCCUACAUGAUUUGUAUGAUGAUAUUCAUUUUGUUGUGAUGAAGAAUCAAAUUGACUUAGCCUCUUUGAAAACUGCAUCCUCCAAUGUUCAAUUACCUCAGCCUAGCACCACUCCCUCUUUGAAUACCCCACCAAGUAAUUUGCAGAAGUUCAAGUUACCAUUCCGUAUGCCAGUUGAUCCAUUGAAACCUCCAAUUUCAAUGUCUUUAUCGAUAGAAAAUUCUGAGAGAACUUCAGGAACUAUGGGCGGUUAUAUUUAUCCCAUUAUUGACGGUAGUACGCAACCACAUCUAAAGUCGUAUCUGAAUAGCAAAUUUGCAGUGUCCUGCGGUCAUGUUUGCCUUGGAGAUUCAAAUGAAUACAUUGAGUACCCACACGUGUCAGCCCCACUGUCGGUACUUAUUUCUUUGUACAAGCAAGCAUUAUCAGCUCAGUAUAGAAAGGCCUCUCAAGAGAGCAAUGGAAUAUCACAGAUUGAAGCGAGAGCUGCUUAUGGAAGUGUUUUGAGACAGCUUGAUGAAAUGUUCCCCCUCAAGAAAAUAAAAGUUCAGGAUAAAAAGAGUAAAACCGAAACUUACGUAACUAAAAACUUACCACUGCAUAGGUUUGGACAAAUUAUAUGGGGUGAAAGAACCUUGAUUGAUGUUAAAAAGAUGAAGGAUGGAGAAGAGGUUGUUGAUAAACGGUUGUCUGAUCUAGCAAUCAUCAAGGUAAACAAUAAAUUAGAUUGUAAUCAAAACUUCUUGGGUGAUGAUAUUGCCUUUAACGAAUUUGAUCCUGGUUUAAUGUUCGACAAUCUCUACGUAAGAGCUGUAAUUGAUCUUGGUAGGGAUGUGGGUACCUUAGAUCUAAAUAUCGAUGAAGUGGAUUCCAGCGUCUCAGUGGAUCGUGGAUGUAGUGGCUUACCUGUUUUCAAGUAUGGAUCCACUACUAAGUUUACAAAAGGUUUUCUAAAUGGUAUUAAGAUGGUUUAUUGGCUCGAUGGAAGAAUGCAUUCUUCAGAAUUUGUUGUUAAUUCUUUUGAGAAUAAUUCAUCCUUUGCUGCAGGCGGCGACAGUGGAUCAUGGAUAUUAGCAAAAUUGGAAGAUUGCAAGUCUGUUCCAGACUUCAAGGGUUUAGGUGUUGUUGGCAUGUUACAUUCAUAUGACGGGGAAUUCAGGCAGUUCGGUCUAUUUACUCCUAUGUGCGAAAUACUAGAGAGGUUGGAAGAGGUUACAAGCAUAAGGUGGGGUGUUGUCGGUGUGAACGAAAAGGACAGAGACCUGAAUGGCGUCAAUGAUGAGAUCGCUAGUGAGGAUGAUGAAGGUGGUAACUCUGGCUUAAGCGAGAGCGAUGAAGCUUCUGAUUUAGAUAGUUUAGUGGAAGAAUUUGAUCAGGUGUUACCUCCAGAAAUUGAUUGA